ACCUCGAGGAUGUAACAAAUUGCAUAAUAGGCUCUUCAUCUUUUAAAUUAAUAAAGGUCUAUCACAGCAUGUCGAAUCCGACAGCUCUUGUGGUCCUUGCAGAAGGAGCAGAGGAGAUGGAGACGGUCAUCACAGUGGAUGUCUUGAGGAGGGGAGGGAUUGAUGUGACAGUGGCAGGAUUGGACGGCCCUGACGUUGUCAAGUGCAGCCGCGGCGUCUUCUUAAAGCCAGAUAUUGAUCUAGAUAGCGUUGCAAGCAAAACUUACGAUAUCGUUAUCUGUCCUGGAGGAAUGGGUGGGGCAACAGCAUUGGCUGCGUCACCCAAGAUGAAGACCAUUCUUAGUGAGCAACAGAAGAGUGAUCGAUUUGUAGCAGCUAUCUGUGCAGGCCCCUUGGCUUUCCAUAGCCAUGACAUCGCUUUGAACAAGAAGGUUACGUCACAUCCAGCUGUCAAGGCGGAUAUGGAAAAAGACAAGAAAUUCACCUAUUGUGAUGAGCGAGUGGUCAGAGAUGAAAAGGUUAUCACAAGUCAAGGCCCUGGAACCUGCUUCGAAUUUUCCCUUGCAAUAGUUGAGGCAUUACAAGGCAAGGAAAAGGCAGACUCAAUUAUUCCACCCAUGUUGCUGAAGUUGUGAAUGCUUGGACUGUCAUAGAGAGAAGAGGAAGUUAUGGUGCUGGUUGUCAUUUUUGCUCCUCCUUUUAAAAUCGAGUGUGUGAAAUCGCCAUUUGUUAUAAAAAAAAUGUAUAAGGACACUUGUGCUUACUUAAAAAUAUAAUUGUAUUGUCAAAUUGACUAAUUGCCAGUGAUCUGUCCAUCUUCUGCCGAUGUAACACUUUCAGUUUCAUUCUGAACUCUGAAUCUGAUGUUGACACCAUCACCAGAGCAAUGCCAGCUGGUCUUCUCAAUGGGGGAUAGCUUCUAUAUCGCUGACAGCAAUCGCUACUAACUGUGACCUGUUCUUUUAAUGCUGGCUUAUGUAGUGUUCUUGGUUGUUUAUAGAUGGUAGGGUGGCUGUUUACCUGGCAUUGCCAAGUUUCUGUUGCUGCAUAUCCAAUUACACAGGUUGCUCCCGAACAAGGUUGGCAUGCUGUUGCCUGUGCAUUUUGUGCUUAGUUUACUGAACCCCUUCUAUACUGUCAUGACUGCCUUUUCCAGAAAGGUAGACUUAAUAAAUUGUAAAUACAAGUUA